UCUCUCUUCUGCCAGACGCGCGGAGGGACGGCGUAGUGCGAGGAGAGGCUGUGCGUAUUUACGCUCAGAGUGCGUUCAUGAGACGGGGUUGGAGAGCUGGAGAGACCGGGGCGCGCUGACAGGAGAGUCCCGCUGGUUUGAGAGUGGCACCAGGCAGAGGGUGACAAGAAUUAAGUGAAGAAGAGGAACCGGAGAACUCUUUUCAUUUUUUAAAUUUUAACAGCCUGUACGCGCGCUCUCCCGACAAUGCGUUAAAGCGCAGGAAAGCAAACAAGUUGACUGAGAAGAAUCCACGCACAGCAGCCCCUGAGUUUUUAUUUUCAGCAUCCUCCUUGGUCUCCCUCUCUUCCCCCGUCCCUUCUCAGGGUGCACUGACAGAGGGAGGGACGGGAGAACCGGGACCGUGAAGCUGCGCGUCUCCCCCGGUGGAUGGUCCACUGGAUGCGGGACGAUGGAUUAACAUCCCUCCCUGGACUCUGCCACUAUUCUCCGCGACCCUUUAGUCCACCUCGGGAUUAUUUCAGCUCUCACCGGCCUCCCCCAGCUUGCCUCUCGAGAUGACCGAGGAAUAUGUUUUGCGGUGCGUCCUGAUGCUCUGCUGCGCACUCCUCUCGGCCAACGCGAGUAACUGGCUGUACCUGGCCAAGCUGUCGUCAGUGGGGAGCAUCAGGGAUGAGGAGACAUGUGAGAGGUUACGAGGCCUCAUCCAGAGACAGGUUCAGAUCUGCAAGCGCAGCGUGGAGGUGAUGGAUGCGGUGCGUCGUGGAGCCCAGCUGGCCAUAGACGAGUGUCAGUUCCAGUUUCGCAACCGUCGAUGGAACUGCUCCACUCUGGAGAGUAUGCCUGUGUUUGGCAAAGUGGUCACCCAGGGCACCCGUGAGGCAGCCUUUGUGUAUGCCAUCUCAGCAGCCAGUGUGGCGUUUGCGGUCACAAGGGCCUGCAGCAGCGGAGAGCUGGAAAAAUGUGGCUGCGACCACAAUGUACAUGGAGUCAGUCCAGAGGGGUUCCAGUGGUCGGGCUGCAGUGAUAACAUUGCGUAUGGAGUGGCCUUCUCUCAGUCCUUCGUCGAUGUGAGGGAGAGGAGUAAAGGCCAGUCCUCCAGUCGGGCUCUUAUGAACCUGCACAAUAAUGAGGCUGGAAGAAAGGCCAUCCUGUCCCACAUGCGCGUGGAGUGCAAAUGUCACGGUGUGUCAGGCUCAUGUGAAGUAAAGACCUGCUGGAAAGCCAUGCCACCCUUCCGCAAAGUGGGAAAUGUCAUCAAAGAGAAGUUUGACGGUGCCACUGAAGUGGAGCAACGUAAAAUGGGCACCUCUAAAGUCCUGGUGCCACGCAAUUCCCAGUUCAAACCUCACACAGACGAAGAUCUGGUCUACCUGGACCCCAGUCCAGAUUUCUGCGAACACGAUCCACGCACACCGGGGAUGCUGGGCACUGUUGGCCGUCAGUGUAACAGAACCUCAAAGGCCAUCGACGGCUGCGAGCUGAUGUGCUGUGGCCGCGGCUUCCAGACGCAGGAGGUGGAAGUGGUGGACAGGUGCAGCUGUAAGUUCCACUGGUGCUGUUAUGUCAAAUGCAAACAGUGCCGCAAAAUGGUGGAGAUUCACACUUGCCGGUGAUGGGGGUCGGGGCACAGAGGGCACUGCUGAUGGACAAACAAAUGCCCCACACUCUUGCUCGAUUAAAGGCUGGUGGAAGCAAGGAGGACUUGUGUGGCUCCCUCUUCUGCGGCUUGAAACCACCUCGCCCUCUGACUACUGGUCCACAGAAACAGACUGAGUGGCUGAGAGGUCCAACAUCAUUCAUUUUAUGCCACCAUAAUGGAUAUCACUAGAAUAGGCAUGGGGUUUCCUACAAGGCUACAGAGUCUGUUUGUUUCUUCUCAAGUAGACAGUAUCUUUCACUUCCUGUCUCCCUCCCUCACGCUCAUAUUUGGUUUGUCAUUGAUGCUUCUUAUUUUUGUAUGUUUAACUUAUUUCUUGAGGUGAUUGAUAGAGGGCGGUCGUAGGCGAGUGGAGAUGAUAAGGGAUGAACUGGACCCACAGAUGGGCAGUCGGGGGUGCUGGGGUUUAAGGGGUUGGGGUGGGGUCAGGAGGAGGGCUGCUGGUCCUCUGUCCUUGCUGCUGCUGCUGCUUUGGGGACUCGCUCGGAGUGCUGGAUGUCACAAAGGGAGACAGAGAUGACGUGAGAGGAUGAACUCGAUUUGUUUUCCAAGCAUACGUGGCUGUGCUGUGCUGAGGUUCAGUUACCCUCGAGACGUUUAUUUUGCCCCCCCCGCAAUGCCCUGAUGCUGCUCCACUCACACACGCUCACUGUCUUUUUUUAUCAGAGGGAGGAUGAUGAUGGACAGGUCAAAGCCACUGUCAGCUCCUGUCUGGUUUUAUCUGGAGGCCCGUAGCACUGGCAGGUGAUGGGCAUCAGACGAACAAAACACACAUACCCAGCAAACAUCGCUCCAAAAACAACACCUGUAUUCACCCACAGCUGCUACCUGCAACAUGAAACCAGUAACCUCACCUCCAAAAACUGUUUCCAGAUCAGAUUUACUUGUUAUUGUUUUAGAACAUCAUAUUGUGAAAAUCUUGUGUGCUCAUUUCUAUUGAUCCUGACCUCGUUUCGCAUGUUGCCACUGCCAAAUGCUAGCUGGCUGAAUGCAAACACGAGUAAACACAAAGUGACAUGCAUGCACCAGCAAAUACACAUAAUGUAAACACACAAAUACACACACACACACACACACACACACACACACACACACACACACACACACACACACACACACACACACACACACACACACACACACACACACAAAGGGGUCUGCCAGAGGGUUGCCGAGCAUGUACAUCAUGCAUGAUGACUGAAGCACUUUCUCUCCAAGCGCACAUAGAGCCCUGCCCCACAAAAACAAACAGCAAACCACAUAUUCAGUUCCCCCUGUUUCUCUUAUACAUGCACACACCACCAGUUUGCCAUGCCACUGUCAGGACUCUAUUGUUGUCUUGUACCAUCACCAUAAAGCCAAGCUUUUCCUAUAAUAACGUGCUAUCAUUAUAGAAACAUACUGUAGAUCUGUAAAGACUUAUACACUGAAGAAGACUAUACUGCCUAUGAAUGUAUGUUAAUACGGAAUAUAUGCUGUGUUGAAAAUGA